CACACAUGCGCAUUACAAAUUCAUGUGGCGCGCUGCAAAUUACAAUAACAAGUAGACAGGCACCACAUUGUAGACCGAGAUUUUCCCGAUUUUUGUCUCGUAAUUGGUGAAUAACAGAACAGACGCCAUGGACCAACAGAAUCUGGUUCAGAUUCUCCAGGGUUCUAUUCAUCCAGAUACCCGGGAAGAAGCGGAAAAACAACUCGACGAAGUUCACAAGAUCAUCCACUUCUCCCCCACCCUCCUGCGGGUGGUCAUGGACGAGGGCAUUCCCUUCCCCGUCCGCCAGGCCGGCGUCAUCUAUCUCAAGAACAUGGUGAACCAGUUCUGGAACCUGCGGGAGCCGGACAGUCCCCUGGAGCCCAUCCCGUUCAGCAUCCACGAAGACGACAAGUCCGUGGUCAGGAACAACAUCAUCGAGGCUAUCAUUGCCACCCCAGAUCUCAUUAGGGUUCAGUUGGCAGUAUGCCUCAGCGUCAUCCUAAGGCACGACUACCCAGGCCGGUGGGACAGCGUACUGGUCACCAUGACCAACUAUCUCAGCGUAGACAACCCAGCCACGCUGUAUGGCGCCCUCACAGCAGUCUACCAGCUGGUCAAAAAUUACGAGUACAAGAAGCCCAACGACAGGGAGCCCUUGCACUUGGCCAUGAUGCAGCUCCUGCCUGUCAUCCACCAUCGCUGCGUCCAGCUCCUCCAGGACGUCUCGGACCAGUCGUUGCUCAUGCAGAAGCAGAUCCUCAAGAUUGUCUACGCCAUGAUCCAGUACGACCUGUCCCUGGACCUGAUCAACAGGGAGUUCUUCAAAUUUGCCGACUGGAUGGAGAUCAUGCAGACGAUAGUCAGCAGGCCGAUACCGGAGUCCACACUGCAGGUUGACAUCGACGACAGGCCAGAGCUGCCGUGCUGGAAGGUCAAGAAAUGGGCCUUGCACUUCCUGGCCAGAAUCUUUGAAAGAUACGGCAGUCCUGGUAGCGUCGUCAAGGAGUACGUCAAGUUCUCUGACUGGUACCUCAAGACGUUUUCUGCGUCAACGUUGAAAGUGUUGCUGAGCAUUUUAGAUCAGUACUGUAAGAAGGUCUACAUUGCCCCGCGGGUCAUUCAGCAGACACUCAGCUACAUCAACACUGGAGUGAGUCACGCUUUCUCUUGGAAUUUCAUCAAGCCACACAUUCAGCCCAUCAUUCAAGAAGUCUUGUUCCCGCUGAUGUGCUACACAGACGAAGACGAUGAGUUAUGGAACGAGGAUCCAUAUGAGUACAUCCGCAUCAAGUUUGAUGCCUUUGAGGAUUUCAUCUCGCCGGUAGCAGCCGCCCAGACGGUGUUGCGCUCCUGCGCCAAGAAGCGCAAGCAGGUGCUGCAGAAGACCAUGGGAUUCUGCAUGCAGACCAUGACCACGCCAGGAGUCGAGCCCCGGAAGAAAGACGGCGUCAUGCACAUGGUGGGAACCAUGGCGGACAUCUUACUCAAGAAGAAGAUGUACAAAGAUCGCAUGGAGCAGGUCCUGGUCAGCAACAUCUUCCCAGAAUUCAACAGCGAGUGGGGCUACAUGAGAGCGAGGGCCAACUACGUGCUCCAUCAAUUCUGCGAGGCGCGAUUCAAUAACGAACGCAACCUGAUGACGGCCUUGGACCUGACGCGCAACAGCCUCAUCCACGACAAAGAAAUGCCCGUCAAGGUGGAGGCAGCCAUCGCUCUACAGGAGCUGAUUACCAGCCAUGAAGAGAAGGCUAAAGACUUCAUCAAACCGCAUGUCAAGGAUAUACUACAAGCCCUGCUAAUUGUGAUCAGAGAAACGGAAAAUGACGAUCUCACGGAAGUCUUGCAGAGACUUAUCACCACUUAUGGCGAUGAAAUCAUACCGAUUGCUGUCGACAUCACCCAACACUUGGCAGCCACAUUCUCCCAGGUGAUCGAUUCCGAGGAGAACAUGGACGACCGCGCCGCCACGGCCAUGGGAAUACUGAACACCAUCGAGACCGUCUUGAACGUUGUCGAAGAAAAACAAGAGAUUGUAGUACAACUAGAAGGCAUAGUUCUCAAUGUUGUGGCAGUCGUCUUACAGAACAAUUUACUUGAUUUUUACGAGGAAGUCUUACAGCUGAUUUUUAGCAUGACCUGCACACACAUAUCACCCCCUCUCUGGCAAGUCUUUGAGAUGCUGUACAACACAUUUGAGCAAGACAGCUAUGACUACUUUGUGGAAAUGAUGCCAGCGUUGCAUAACUACAUCACAACAGACCCUCCUGCCUUUCUGUCCAGUCACAGACAUCUUGAGAUCAUCUACAACAUGUGCAAGAAGGUUCUAGAAGAGGAGGCUGGAGAUGACCCAGAGAGCCACGCUGCCAAGCUCCUAGAGGUCAUCCUGCUUCAGUUCAAAGGAGAAAUUGAUCACUGUGUGCCCUUGUUCAUCGAGGUGGUCAUGACGAGGCUGACUAGAGAGGUCAAGACGACGGAGCUGAGGCAGAUGUGCCUGCAGGUGGUGGUAGCAGCGUUAUACUACAACCCUCUACUCCUGAUGGAGACGCUGGAGAAGAUGACGAUACCCAACACCAACGAGGCAGUCACGACGCAGUUCAUCAAACAGUGGCUGCACGACACCGACUGCUUCUUAGGGUUGCACGAUCGAAAGGUGUGCGUGCUGGGGAUCUGCACUUUGGUAUCCCUACCCAACUUGCCCCUGGUCAUCGAGUGUGCACAGCAGUUCAUACCGGCACUCCUGCUGCUGUUCGGGGGUCUGAAGAGGGCGUACGAAUGUCGAGCGAUCGUAGAGGAUGAGGAAUCGGAAGAGGAAGAUGAUGACAGUGACUAUGAGGAGCAAGCACUCGACAGCGACGAGGAUGAAAUUGACGAGGAAAACGCUGAAUAUCUUGAGCAUCUGGAGAGAAUUGCCGCGGGACGGGAAAUCGACGAGGAUGAAGACGAUGAGGAGACGGUCUUGGAGGGAUUCAACACGCCGCUGGAUGAUGAAGACGGUCCCUUUGAUGAUGAGUACAUGCUCUUCAAGACGGUUCUCACAAACAUCCAAGCCAGCAAUCCAUCAUGGUACAACGCCCUGACGUCGCAUCUCACCGUAGAACAACAGAACGACAUGCAGGAGAUUGCCAAGACGGCCGACCAGAGGAAAGCAGCUGCCGAUUCCAGACAGAUCGAGAAGCAAGGCGGGUACAAGUUUCAGGCCCCGAAUGUCCCCAAAAGUUUCAACUUUGGCAGUAUGUCGUAGUGGCUGUUUUGAUAGCAUUGUUUUUUUAGCGAUUGAGACUGUCAAAUAGCAAUCCUUGUCACCCAGAGCCUUCCAUAUCAGUGACAAAUACAGUUUGUCGUUUGCCACCAACAGAUUUUAGAAACAAACAUGAAGUUUACAAUCAAGUCGGCUUCGUGUGUUUUCUGGCAUUUUUUUUUUGGUUUUAUUUGCUUGCGAGUUUAAAUACUAUCAGAUUGCCUCCUGUAAUAGUCUUUAAUUCAGAUUUUUUUUAUGUAAAGAGAAGAUGACAGCCUAAAGGCCAGUUUAUACUUCACGCAAAUGCGAAGUGGAUUUUGACGUCACUAAACAUUCGGUGCGAAAAUUCGCCAGAAUGGAAAUGUGUUCCACCUUGGCGAAUUUGCAACGCGAAAAGCUGCUGUGGCGUGACUAAUUCGCGUUCCCGUUCCCGUUCGCGCAUAGUACGAACCACCCCUGAUUUGGUUUAGAAGUGCACAUUUUCUUUAUCAAUCUUUUUCAAGACCAAAUCUGACACUUAUUUUCUGCGGUUCUCUGAACACAUUGGAUACUUUUUGAAAGCAGAUUUUCAUUGUACAGUUACCAUGCAGGGAAAGUCGGUAGUUGCGUCGACAUGAGAGAAAUUUACUAGAAGCGCCAUUUAUUGCGCUUUUACUUUUUGGUAAAAUUCACAUCAAUCAGACAAAAUGUGGCUGCUUUAAUGGAAUGUUUAGAAUUGAAGUCCAAAAUGAAUUCGCCUGUCAUUUUUUAAUUGCCAAGAUGUUGGUUGAAUUUGAACAAUCUCAACCAAAACUGAUGUAUGAAAAAUGACAAUAAAAAAUGAUUUGAACUUGUAAAAAACAAA